AUGGAGUGGGAGACGUUAGAGCGACUGGAGCCCCCGCGGCCGAGAGUGUUCGAGUACACCGAGGUGUUGCCACAGCUGCAGCAGGAGGCCAAGGGCGAGUGCGUCCGCUGUGUGCGGCGGGAGCAGGUGGCCGACGCUCGCCAGACGGAAGACUGCUCCGCGGACGAUGUGGCCGGGAGGGUUCAGGCUGUGCUGGCAUCUGGUGGCGCGGCAAGCUCGGAGAGCUACCGCUGGGAACUGGCGUUUCGGACUGCAGUGACUGAGGUUAGCGAGAGCAGGCCACACAUCAAGCGAGCUGAGGGCGCGUUUGCACUGCUGGAUCAGCUCGCCAGGGAACUCCGCCCGGCGCUGGCUAACGCGCUCAAGGCCAUCAAGGACGAGCUGGAGGCCUCGGUCUACUCGGACGACUUUACCUCGACUGGCAUUCGCCCGUACUACACUAAGAUCCCGUACUUUGGCUUGUGUAAGCGUAUGAACGUGGAGCGACUCUCGCAUGAGCUUGUUCUUCACAGUGAGCGCGAUGAGCUCGAGUCUGCGUUGCUGCGCAAGAGCGAUGAAGUCGAAGAGCUGCGUCAACUGUUUUUGGCGACCAAACGCGAACUCGGCGAUGUUCGCUCGAGGUUGGAGGCAGCCGAGGGCGAGCUGGACAAGGCCCAGGCUAAGCUGGGCAUCGCCCACGACGAUCUGGACGACGCCCGUAACGCGCUGGCUGUACUCCGUGGAGAGUACGAGGAUGCACUUGAGAUACUGCGAGACGAGCUGCGGGCGGAGAGAAGUCGGGCAGCGCAGCUGCGUGGGUAUAAGCAGCUGCUGGAAGACUUUGGCGUUGCGUCUUCGCUUACCGUAUCCAAAGACGCCGAGCUACCUGCACCUGUGGCGGUGCAGUUGGCUCCUCCACCUCCGCUUCCGACUCGGUUUGUGCCAGAAAGACUAGCGAGCGAGAACGGGUCGGACGACGAGAUUAUUCCCAACCUUAACGCCGGUGAGCUGUCGCCAGAGACCAUGUCCGAAGUCACACGGCAAGCCAAGAUCAAGGAGCAGCUGGCGGCUCUGACCGGUAUUUCCAGCGAGAGCUACGGGACGCGCAACCAGGCCAAGUUCAACCGGUGGUCGCUGUUGAUGGCUCAGGCCGACCAAGCCAAACGGCUGCUCAAGCAACUCUCAGUCCUUCGCAUGGCGCAGCUGGCCGAGUACGAGGCAGCGACAGGCCAACUCGAUGCGCAGCUGGCUGGCGCGGGCGUCGCGUCGAGGAAUAUCGACUACCACGGGCCGAGCCACGACGAGCUGGUUGCAGCCAAGGCCGCGCGAUACUCGACGUUUGUUCGCGAGAUGGCUGCACUGGAGACGGAGAUCAAGCAACUGGAGAGCCACCUGGAACACCUGGAUCUCGCAAUGGCCCGCAAUCCACUCGCAAUUGCCGCAAAGGCGGCUCGUCAUUGGCGCAAGUGGGCUCGUGUGCGCGCGACCGAGCGAUCCAGCCUUGGCUCGGACCCCUCGCUCAACACCUCGUAUGGCGAGAGCCGGAGCUUGUCGCGGCGAAAUGUGUCGGUACGGCAGAGCUCGGAUGGCUCGGGCGACGACCGCCUGUCACACGUCCGCGAGGCAGAGCGGGGAGGAGCGUAUCCAUCACGGUAUGCCAUCGCCGAGCUCCGAAUGGCACGGCGCGGGCUUGGACUGAGCCGCGAUCACAAGCCCGACAUGGAGAAGCUGGUCAAGACGUCGCGGCAUAGCGAGCUCUGGCGCGGGCUUGCGGCACGGUCGCUCUCGCCGCCGACUCAUGCGCGUCCGUACACGUUGGAGGGCCUACUGAGGGUUAUUCACGAUGUGCGGAGGCACCACACGGCCGAGGUGCCGGGCAUGUACGUGGUCAACGACGAGACCGGCGAUUGGAUGCUGCAGCUACCGUCACGGUCGCAUGCAACGAGCUCGGGCCUUGUUGACGGAGCAUACACGCUACAAGACGAGUUCUUUGACGUACUCCAGGCGGCCUACGGGCUUGACGACGUUGUUGCCUUUGUGGCGUUCUCAGUUGUCAGCGCUGUGGACGCCAUGUGGGAGGCUGAGGCCGAGAUCGGGUUCUUUGGGCGGGCGCUGACUGCUGAGCUCCCCCUCGCAGCCUGGUCGCACGCCGAGCUUGUCUCACAGCUUGUGGAGCGGGUAGCAGGCACUGUGCCAGCGCUGGGUACAUCGGCGGUUGCUGCGGCGCACUUUCUGUAUCCAGACACGCCUGCGACGGCACUGCAGGAUGCAACAACGUCAUUGCGGAUGGCGGGCGUAUCGCUCGAUGCCGACGGCCUGCGCGCGUUUGUGCGUAACGAACUAGUUCGUGGCUCCGAGAUCCGCUACAUGUCCAUGCUCGAUGCCGUCCGCCGGUAUGAUCUGCUCAACCAUGGUUGGCUGACAGAGGCCGAGUUUCUCGACUGCAUGGAGGUGAGUCUCAAGACCAACACGCUCUCUCGCCUUGGCCGGGUCUACUUUGCAUCGGCACUGGCGAGCCAGAAGACAGUUUCGGCGGAAAGUGGCGAUGGCGCAGUCGCGGGAGCGACCGCAGGUGGCGAGACACUCCGUCUCCCAAACCCACAGGCCGCCCACAUCCUAGGCUACCUCUCGCUUGUGGCAGCGGCGCGCCAAGGCAAGUUUGACGCCGAGACCGCUGUGGCCCGUCUCCGGCCGAUCAGUCUCCCUUCUGCCAACGCCAGCGAGGACAAGGCCGAGGUCGAGAGUCGCAAGUCGAGCGAUGACGAGAUGCGGAAGGAUCAUAAUUUUUAG